UCAAUGAACAAAUUAAUUAUUUCUCAUUUUGGUUUCAUCUUCUUCGUCUUCCAUCAACGCUCCUCUCUCUCUAAUCGAAUUGAAGUUCUACGCCAGAGAGGAAGAAAAUGGUUUCUGGAUUAAUCAACGAGAACCCGAUCGUUUACGAGAUUAAAGAGCGUCGUGAUGUUCGUGCUUAUUCCAGCAAUACCGAUGAGCUUUCAGUAGAUGCAAUCGACCAGCUCGAAGUUUUCGAUAUCCUUUUUGUUCGGUUGUCUAAUAGCAAAGCUUUAUGUAGAACUAAAAUUGGGAUCGUUUUAGUUAUACUUAACAUUUGUUCAGCACAUCAUAUAAGAGAUAUAAAAGAUCCAGAGCAUCCUUAUUCUCUGGAACAGCUCAAAGUCCUCACAGAAGAUUCUGUUGAAGUGGAUGAUACCAAGAGUCAUGUUAGGGUUACAUUCACUCCAACGGUGGAACAUUGUAGCAUGGCGACCAUUAUCGGUCUCUGUGUCCGCGUCAAGCUUAUGCGUAGCCUUCCUUCUCGUUACAAGAUAGAUAUAAGGGUAGCACCCGGUACUCAUGCAACUGAGGCUGCAGUCAACAAACAACUAAACGACAAAGAGCGAGUGGCGGCUGCACUAGAGAAUCCAAACCUUGUAGAGAUGGUCGAUGAGUGUCUAUCUCCAUCAUUUGAAUGAUGCCUUGAUGCUCUCAAGAUACACUAUCAAUAUAUGUCUCUGCUUUGUCUGCGAAUAUUUUGAUCAGCUACAACUUACUUUGUGUUUAGUGAAAGACUGAGAAUAUUAUCCACGGAAUUAGGUAUUUGAUUUGAUCCUCUACAUCUCAGAAAGGAUUAUUUCAGAUACUCGACGUCUCUUUGAUUGUUCCAUUUGUUUCUCUGUAUAAUCACAGCUCAACUUGUUGCACACUUGUUCUUUCACGCAUUUGUUCCGUUUGUUGCUUGUGUAAUGUUAUAACUCGAAUUUGUCA